AUGGCUACUCAAAAACCUGUGGAAUGGGUCUCUACUUUAAUAACCAGAUUUGAAGAUCAGCUUCCUUGCCGAGCUGGUCCUCAGACAACACAUUCUCGAAUUAAUGAAGAACAAAAUCAAGCUUGUCUGAUACAGAUUAGCCGACAUAAAUUUUCUUUAGUAAUAUCUGGCCUGACAAAAAUUUUACAACGUGUUAAUGAAACCUAUAUCUCCGUUAACUCAGUACCCCGUCCCCAUGGUGCAGAUAUUGAACGAAAUUGUUAUGAAUCACUGUUAAUUGUACUUGAUACUUUAGAACAAUGUCUUUCUAAUUUACCAAAGGAUACUGCUAAGUUUGAUGAAGCUAUGAAUGUAAAACUUCUGCUAAGAGAACUUUGCCAAUUCAUAGAUUCUAGUGAAAAUCCUAAUGCUGUCCAAUUAAAAACCUUAGCUACAAAAGUAUUAUUUGCUUUGAGUCUGAAUUUCUUCAAUGCUGUAUUUAAUAGAAUAUCAGCAAGACUUCAGGAACUAAGUACUUGUAGUGAUGAAAACCCUGAUUAUACUGAUAUUGAAUUAAUUCAGUAUAUCAAUGUUGAUGUUUUGAAGCUCACUAAACUAAUGAAUGAAACUAUACUUAAAUUUCGGCUGCUGAAAAAAUCUGUUCACCAAGUGCUUAUUGUAUCUCUAGAGCGAGCUAUUUGGAACUGGUUAGACACAUAUCCUGAUGAAUUUGCAGAUGUACAGCAAAAGUCAAAUGAAGAAUUGGCAAAGUGUGCUGACUGUCUGUUUGAUCUCCUUGAUCAAGUUUCAGACACUAAAAAGUGUCGUGCUUCUGCUUGGCCUCUUCAAAUAAUGCUUCUUCUAUUAUCCCCUAAAGUAUUUGAAGAAAUAGUUACCUCUGAUGGUGGAACACCAUGUUCUCCAAGACACUCCAAGAAGAAACAAUUCAUUGAAACUGUGAAACGCUCGAUAGGACCUCAUACCUCAAGUAAGCAACUAACCGAAGCAGCAGCUGUGACAUGUGUUAAGCUUUGUAAAGCAGUAUCCUAUAUCAAUACCAAUACUGCUAAUGUUGCAUUUACUUUAGUCCAGACUAUUAUUACUGAUUUGAAGAAUCUUCUUUUUAACCCAGCUAAACCAUUUCCUAGAGGUCAGAAUUUUGUUUACCACGAUAUAGACUUAAUGGUUGAUUGUUUUGUAUCUUGUUUUCGCCUUAAACCUCAAAACAAUGAAGCUUUAAAAGUUUGUUUGAAUCCCAACGUCCAGUAUAUUUAUCAUUAUAUUUUGGUGACUUCUUUAUAUCGUAUAAUAACACAACCAAGAUUACAUUGGUGGCCACAGAUAGAUAUUAUUUACUGUAAGUCUUCAGAACUUAGGUCAAUGUUCACUGAUACAUUAAACAAGGUUGCACAGGGGUUUAUUUCACAUACUCCUCUUCGAAUGAUACAGUCUCUUACCCUGAAGAGUAAGGAAUCAGUACCAAAAUUUAAGGAGCGUAAUGAAGAAAUUCCUGGUUAUAGAGCUCUUCUACUUUGGAUGGUCAGACUUAUUCAUGCUGAUCCUAUGCUAAUGCUAAAUAACCAAGGUAAAGCUGGCCAUGAAAUACAAAGUUCUACUUUGGAGCUUAUCAACGGUCUUGUAAGCCUAGUUCAUCAACCAAGUAUGCCUGAUAUUGCUCAUGAAGCUAUGGAAGCUCUUCUAGUUCUUCAUCAGCCAGAAAAGAUAGAAGUUUGGAACCCUGAAGCACCUAUCAAUACUUUUUGGGAUGUGAGUUCACAGGUACUUUUUUCCAUAUCUCAAAAAUUAAUUCAACACCAAAUUGUGAAUUAUACUGAUAUAUUAAAAUGGCUUAGAGAAAUUUUGGUAUGCAGGAAUGAAUUUUUGUCUCAUCAUAAGGAUUAUGCAAAUGUUGGAAGCCAUAUUGCCAUAUGCAAGCAAGCUCAUAUCAAACUUGAGGUUGUUUUCUUUAUGUACUUAUGGAGUAUUGAUAUUGAAGCUGUUCUUAUAGCAAUGAGUUGCUUUUGUCUUUUGUGUGAAGAAGCAGACAUAAGAUGUACUACUGAAGAAGUCACUGUUACAACUUUAUUGCCUAAUUAUCAUUUGUAUCAAGACUUAGCACAAGCAUCUACAAUACUUACUACAGGUAGAGCAGCCUUACAAAAGAGGAUUAUGACUUUACUUCGAAGAAUUGAACAUUGUGUAAAUGGAGUGCAACCUGCAUGGGAAGAAACAUUCAGAAAUUGGGAAGUACUCACUAAGAUCUUGACCUCUUAUCCUAAAACAAAGAUUGAAGAUGGGCAGCUUGAACCAUUUCAUCGCUCAGUUGGGAAAAGAAGAGCUUCUCAUCAGAAUUCUGAACAUGAAUUAGAAGAUCAAAUCAAUGAAUGGGCGAAUAUGACUGGGUUCUUGUGUGCUUUGGGAGGAGUUUGUUUGCAACGUAAAUCACCUGUACGUCCUGUCCAAAAUAUAACAGAUCCCAGGAAACCUACAGUGCUAGCUAACCCAAGUCAAGAAAUACAAUAUUGCCCUGUCACUCAAUUCAUUGGGCAUUUAUUACGAUUACUAGUUUGUAAUAACGAAAAAUUUGGAGCCCAGAUUCAGAAGCAUGUCAAAGAACUUGUUGGACAUGAAAUGUCCGCUGCACUUUAUCCUACUCUAUUUGAACAAAUCAAGUCUGUGGUAGAAAAAUUCUUUGAUCAGCAAGGUCAAGUUAUAGUUUCAGAUAUUAACACUCAGUUUAUUGAACAUAUUAUAUUCAUUAUGAAAAACGUUUUGGACAGUAAAACUGAACAACCAGCUGAACACUUGGGUGUCACAAGUAUUGAAGGAAUGAUGCUUGCAAUUGUGAGAUAUGUGCGCCACUUGGAUAUGACUGUUCAUGCUAUACAUAUUAAAACAAAAUUAUGUCAACUUGUUGAAGCCAUGAUGAAAAGAAGAGAUGAUUUAGCCUUUAGGCAAGAAAUGAAAUUUAGAAAUAAAUUGGUUGAAUAUUUAACUGAUUGGGUAAUGGGAACUUCACACCAAAUAGCUCCUCCAGGAUCUGGAGACGUUUCUGUUAUAACCAGGGAUUUAGAUCAAGCUUGCAUGGAAGCAGUGGCAGCUUUAUUAAGAGGGCUUCCACUUCAACCAGAAGAAUCAGAUAGAGGAGAUUUAAUGGAAGCAAAAAGCCAACUGUUUUUGAAGUAUUUCACUUUGUUCAUGAACUUGUUAAACGAUUGUAGUGAUGCACAGGAUAUGGAAAAAGAUGUAUCAAGACAGAGAGUAUCAGAUGGCAAACUCGCUACUUUACGGAAUGCUACUAUACAAGCUAUGUCAAAUUUAUUAUCUGCAAAUAUUGACAGUGGACUCAUGCAUUCAAUUGAUCUCGGUUAUAAUAGAGACUUACAAACUAGAGCUGCGUUUAUGGAAGUUCUUACUAAAAUUUUGCAGCAAGGUACUGAAUUUGAUACAUUGGCUGAAACGGUUUUAGCUGAUCGAUUUGAGCAGCUAGUCCAGCUAGUUACAAUGAUAAGUGAUAAAGGAGAGUUGCCUAUUGCUAUGGCUUUAGCAAAUGUUGUUACUACUGCACAAAUGGAUGAAUUAGCUCGAGUUUUUGUAACUUUGUUUGAUGCUAAACAUCUUCUGUCUCCUCUGUUAUGGAAUAUGUUUUACCGUGAAGUAGAAGUAUCAGAUUGUAUGCAGACUUUAUUUAGGGGAAAUUCUCUUGGAUCUAAAAUAAUGGCAUUUUGUUUUAAAAUAUAUGGUGCAAGUUAUUUACAAAAUUUAUUGGAACCUCAUAUUAGACCUUUAAUUGAGACUACUCCUCCCUCACUUGAGGUUGACCCAGCUAGAUUAGACCCUUCCGAAGAAAUUGAAAAAAAUAGGGAAAAUCUUACCAAUAUUACUCAAAAGGUCUUUGAUUCUAUUGUUUCAUCAGCUGAUAAGUUUCCACCUCAACUGAGAAGUAUGUGUCAUUGUUUAUACCAGGUAUUGAGCAAACGUUUCCCACAAGUUCCUCAAAUAAACAUUGGAGCUGUUGGAACAGUAAUAUUUUUACGUUUCAUUAAUCCAGCUAUUGUUUCACCUCAAGAAAUGGGCAUAGUAAAUAAAACUGUUCCACAGUCUGUUAAGCGUGGCUUGAUGCUUAUGUCUAAAAUAUUGCAAAAUAUUGCAAAUCAUGUGGAAUUCAGUAAAGAACAGCACAUGAUACCUUUUAAUGAUUUCCUUCGACAGCACUUUGAAAUAGCUCGAAGGUUUUUUAUUCAAAUUGCAUCUGACUGUGAAACUGAAGAUCAAGGUUCUCAUUCGAUGUCUUUCAUAAGUGAUGCAAAUGUUCUUGCCUUGCACAGACUCUUAUGGAAUCACCAAGAAAGAAUUGGUGAUUAUUUGUCAAGUAGUAGAGAUCAUAAAGCUGUAGGAAGAAGGCCUUUUGAUAAGAUGGCUACUCUGUUGGCUUACCUUGGACCUCCUGAACAUAAGCCAGUUGAUUCGCAUUUGCUUUUUUCUUCAUAUCCUCGUUGGGGGUCCAUUGAAAUGUCAGGAAACAAUUUUGAAGAAAUAAUGGUAAAACAUAACAUGCAUGAAAAAGAAGAAUUCAAAAGUAUCAAGUCUCUCAAUAUAUUCUACCAAGCUGGAACUUCGAAAGCAGGCUACCCUGUAUUUUACUAUAUUGCUCGCCGAUACAAGAUUGGGGAAACUAAUGGUGAUUUACUGAUAUAUCAUGUAAUAUUAACUCUAAAACCUUUUUGUCAUGCUCCAUUUGAAAUAGUAGUUGAUUUCACUCAUACAUGCUCUGACAACCGUUUCAGAACUGAUUUUCUUCAGAAAUGGUUCCAUGUUCUACCAGAUAUGGCUUAUGCUAAUAUCCAUGCAGCCUACAUUUAUAACUGUAACAGCUGGGUUAGAGAAUAUACUAAAUAUCAUGAUCGAAUAUUGGCCUCUAUUAAGGGAAACCGUAAAUUAAUUUUUAUUGAAGCACCAACUAGAAUUAAUGACUUCAUUGAACCUGACCAGCAAAAAUUACCUGGGGCUACAUUAUCACUUGAUGAAGAUUUGAAAGUAUUUAAUAAUGCUUUAAAAUUAUCGCAUAAAGAUACAAAAGUUGCUAUAAAGGUUGGCCCAACAGCGAUCCAGAUAACUUCUUCUGAAAAAACUAAAGUUUUGUCUCAUUCAGUGCUCUUGAAUGAUGUAUAUUACGCUUCUGAAAUAGAAGAAGUUUGUCUAGUUGAUGAUAAUCAAUUCACAAUUACUAUUGCUAAUGAAUCAGGACCUCUGUCAUUUAUCCAUAAUGAUUGUGACAGUAUUGUUCAAGCUAUUAUUCAUAUCAGAAAUCGGUGGGAAUUGUCACAACCUGAUUCUGUAACAGUUCAUCAAAAAAUUCGGCCCAAAGAUGUUCCUGGUACCUUGUUAAAUAUGGCUUUACUUAACUUGGGAUCUGCUGACCCAAGUUUACGAACUGCUGCUUACAAUCAAUUAUGUGCUUUAACUGCAACAUUUGAUUUAAAAAUUGAAGGACAGCUACUUGAAACGUCAGGGUUAUGUAUACCAUCAAACAACACCAUAUUUAUAAAAUCUGUUAGUGAAAAAUUAGCCACAAAUGAACCACACCUAACCCUCGAAUUUUUGGAAGAAUGCAUCCAAGGAUUUAGAGUUUCUAGUAUUGAGCUAAAGCAUCUUUGCUUAGAAUAUAUGACACCUUGGCUUGCCAAUCUUGUGAGAUUUUGCAAACCUGCUGAUGAAAAUAAGAGACAGCAAAAAGUGGCUCAGAUUUUAGAAAAAUUAAUUCUUCUCACCGUUCAAGAAGUAGAAAUGUACCCAUCCAUUCAAGCUAAGAUAUGGGGUUCAAUUGGACAGGUUCCUGAACUAAUUGACAUGGUAUUAGAUAGCUUCAUCAAAAGAUCUAACGAUGGUGGUUUAGCUUCACCCGUUGUUGAAAUUUUAGCAGAUACUGCUGUAGCUUUGGCUUCAGCAAACGUUCAGUUAGUUGCAAAAAAAAUUAUUGGACGUUUAUGCCGUGUAUUAGAUAAAACUUGUACAUCUCCUACAGAUCUUCUUGAAAAUCAUGCUCUUUGGGAUGACAUAGCUAUCCUGGCAAGAUAUCUUUUGAUGCUUUCAUUUAACAAUUGCUUAGAUGUUGCAAGACAUCUACCAUUCCUUUUCCAUGUAGUGACAUUUCUUGUUUGUUCUGGGUCUACCAGUAUGAGAGCCUCUAUGCAUGGUUUAGUUAUAAAUAUUAUUCAUUCACUUUGUACAUGCACAAAACCAACCUUUACUGAGGAAGCUCAACGUGUUUUACGUCUUAGUUUAGACGAGUUUUCUCUUCAAAAGUUUUAUUUACUAUUUGGUAUCAGCAAAGUAAAAUCUGCUGCAGUUACAGCCUUCAGAAGUAGUUACAGACAUCCUACUGAUGGGAGGCUGCAGUCAGAAAGGUAUUUUUCAGGACAUCUUCCCGAUAGAGAAAGAAUCUCAUUGACAUCCUUAGAAGUAAUUACUGAUGCUUUGCUUGAAAUAAUGGAGGCUUGUAUGAGAGAUAUUUCUGAUUCUGAUUGGUUACAUACAUGGACAUGUCUUGCAAAAAAUUUUGCCUUUUGCCAUAAUCCAGCACUACAGCCCCGAGCUCUUAUUGUUUUUGGCUGUAUUUCUAAAACUAUCACAGAUCAAGAUAUUAAGCAAUUGCUUCGCAUUUUGGUAAAAGCACUUGAAAGUUUUAAUGAUACUGUAUUACUUGAAGCUUUAGUGAUGUGUUUGACUAGACUGCAGCCUUUAUUACGCCCCGAAUCACCUAUUCAUAAAUUCUUAUUUUGGGUUGGUGUAUCUGUGCUGCAGUUAGAUCAACUUGCUUUAUAUGCCUCUGGGUUAGCUCUGCUUGAACAAAAUCUCCAUACAUUGGACUCACAAGGAAUAUUUGAUGAAAAACCUAUAGAAAGUGUAAUGAUGGCAACAAGAGAACCUUUGGAAUGGCAUUUUAAACAACUUGAUCAUGCUGUUGGACUAAGCUUUAAGGCAAAUUUCCAUUUUGCAUUGGUUGGACAUCUAUUAAAAGGGUUUAGACACACAACACCAACUACUGUAUCAAGAACAUCUCGGGUUUUGACAUCUCUUUUAGGAAUAGUAGCGAAGCCAUACAAAAGAGAUAAAUUUGAGGUGACUCCUGACAGCGUCGCUUAUUUGGCUGCUUUGGUUGCAGUAUCUGAAGAAGUCCGCAGCCGUUGCCAUGUUAAGCAUACUUCUUCCAGAACUGAUGUUCAUUUCAACAUACUUCCUCAGAUAGUUCCAUCUACUGGCGAAAAUAAAGACGAAGCUACAAUUUUACCAAACCAGCGUCAAAAAUCAUGGGAUCUUGCUGAUCAGUCUAUUCCAGUUCAGUGUAGAAUUCAAAAACAGCAAUCUCAGAAUCGCAGUGCUCGUGUAUCUGUUUCCAAUGAAAACAAUGUUUUACUUGAUCCAGAAGUCUUAACUGAUCCCACUGUUCAAGCGCUUGUUCUGACAGUGCUAGCUACCCUUGUUAAAUAUGCUACUGAUGAAAAUGAAACACGCAUUUUGUACCAAUAUCUUGCUGAAGCAUCUGUUGUUUUUUCUAAAGUAUUUCCAGUAAUUAACUCUUUGCUUGAUGCCAAGUUAACCAGUUUGUUAUCAACUUGUCAUGAUCAAGUCUUGUUGAGUUCUGUGCAGAGCAUUAUACAAAACAUGAUUGCUUGUGAAGAUACAAGUCUUCAGCAAUUGCAUUUCCUACAGUCGUGUGGCUUUGGAGGUUUAUGGAGAUUUGCAGGACCUUUUACCAAGACUCAAUGUACUGCUGAAAAUGCCGAACUCUUUGUGAAUUGUCUGGAAACAAUGGUGGAGAUGUGUAUGCCAGUUGAAGAAGGGGAACUAGAUAUUGCACAGUAUCCAUCCAUGUUAAGUGUGUCAUCUAAUAUGAAUUUAUCCUCUUCUCUCUCUAGUCUUACUCUGGGUUCUCCGACUGAAAAAGAAGCCAACAAUGAGGGAGAAACAAGUCGAGGGACUUUUACAAAAUGUCGACCUCCUGGAAAAAAAAUGUCUUCUGAAUGAGACUGUCUUAGGCUUCUUGCAGCUUCCAGUUUUAAUUUGAGUUGGCUGUAAGAAGCUUUUAUAAUUAUUUUAUCUUUUCUUAAAAUGAACCAAAAGACAUCAUCAUGCGCUUACUAUAGUAUAUAGGAUAUUAUAGCAUAAUUAUUAUAUAACUAUUAAUUGUAUAAUUUUUUUUUAUUAUUGAUAGUGAAAGUACCUUAUAAAGAAAAGCAUUUAUCAAUAAGAAACCAUUAAGCAAUUUUAAUACAAAUUAAUAGAAACUGUAAAUUGUUUCUGUUAGUAGGAUAGUCAAUUACUUUGCUUGAUAAAUAAAGUGUAUUUUGUUUAUUAUAGUUCAAAUAGCUAUGCUUUUACUCAAAGAUUCUAAAAUUCUAAAAUUACAUGAAAUAUUUUUAAACUAGAGGUAUAUGUAUUUAUGAUCACUAUAAAGUACAAAUUUAAUUAUAAAUUAUUUAUUUAAUUAAGCAGUCUUUCAUUACAUAUUAAUAGUGAUGAUUUAAUUUUGUAUAUAUGUAUAUCUAAAUUGCCCCCUUUUUUUAUUAGAAAUUAAAUUUAUAUAUAUGUUUAUAGUAUAAUGCUAAAAUAAGGCAUCUAAUAUGCCAAGUUACAUAUUUAUUACCUAUGGAAUAUUUUUUCUCAUAAAACCUAUUUGAAAGGUAUGCUGCAAUGAUCAAAAUUUGUGAAUGCUUAAUAUUUGUAUUUAUCUUUUUAAAGAUGGGCCAGAAUAUUUUAUAAUUAAGAUGAAAUUAUGCUCUUAAAUUAGAAUUUAGUUAUGUGAGUAUGAGAAAAAUAUUUAUUGAUAAAUUAUAUAUGUAUAUAUUUAUAUUAAUCACCUACUUACUGAUUGAAUAAAAUUAAUUCAUAUUUUGUUGCCAUAUUCUUGUUAAAAAAGUUUUAUUAAACUUAAUUGUGUAUAGUUUAGGACAAAAUAUCUAUAUAGAUCUCAUAAUUUGUAAAUUAAAAAAAAAAGGUGGUGUUUAAAAAAAUUGUUCAUAAAAAGUUAUCUUUAAUCUGGGAGCUUUGAUGCUUCUUACUCACUGAUUUUUGUUAUUUCGCACUUAAAUAAAAAAAUUGUUAUUGAUAUAUUUAUAUUCAAUAGUUGAUUUAGUUAUAAUUUUUUUCACAAAUACCAUAAAUGGGGGUUGAUUGGUCCCAGGGUGUGUAACUAGAAUCUAAAUUCCACUAAACAAAAAGUAUUUAGAUUAUAGGCGUCGAUCCCUUUGAUGGGGACAGGUCUACCCAGUGUUUAAAAUGAUCCUAUACUAAAACAAAAAAUAUGGUGUGCACAUAACACAACUUUCACUUACCGCUGGACUUCGAAUAGAAUUUUGAAUUUAAAAAAUUUUGAAGUGCAUUUUUUAUGAAGCUAAAGCUUAAAGCAAGCUUACAGCUUACAAAUAACUAAUAUCAUUAAAAUAACAAAAACUCUAUUUAUUAUAUCGAUGGUAGGCAAUAAACACCUCGUAACUCAUUUUUUUUAUUGUAAACCACAUAAAUCCAGUCUCUGAGCUAUAUACACCUAGAGAGAUUUGAAAGUACAUCUAUAUAUUUAAUCUAUAACUGAUUAUGUAUUGUACGACACCAUUAGUUAUUAAACUCUUAUUUUCCAUUGUAAUGUUUACUAAAUUGGAGUUAUAAUGUUUUCAUGGCCUGCCAUAGGUAGAUCAAAUGUGUAGACUAAUUGUAAGUGGAUAAUGUUGGGAUUUCACAAAGGGAAAUUCAUCUACUUAUGUACUAAUAUAAUGUUAUAAAAGGUUACAUGAGGAUUUUUUGGAAUAAACAGACGGUAGAUACCUAAUUAUUUAAAUAUAAUACCAAAUUUAGAGUUAUUAAACCACAGUAAAUUUAUUCAUGGUUACAAACAUAUUUUUUACUCAUCUAUAAAAUAUUUUUAUAUUUCAAUUCUUCUUUCACACAAGUACAAUGAAAUAGUUUUUUAAACAAUGUCAUUGCCUUGAUUCAUUAGAUUUUAUAUACUUUUUCAAACUUAAAAAUAAUUUUAAAAAUUUACAUUUAAUUAGAGAAUUUCAUUUAAUUUCCUUAAAAACAUGUUAGUUAUGUUAAAUAAUAUUAGUUUUCAGAAAUUAUUAUUUAUAUUUUUUUCAUCACUCUCCAUUACCUUCUAUGACUGUCUUUAUUAGAUAUUGUUUUUUUCUAAAAUUCUCCGCUUUCUAACAAUAUAUUAUACGUAUAUCUUCUGACUACUAUUCCAAAAAUUUAUUUUUGACCUAAAUAUGCAUUUUUCCUUUAUUCUCCUUUAUUCAAUUAUCAAAUUCUUUCAAAAGUUACAUUUAGCCUUUUUUAAUUACUGCUGAUAAUGAGAAAUAGUUAAUUAUUUAAAAAUAACCCAAAUUAAAGGUACUUUAGAGAAAGAUAUUUUGAAUAGUGGGCAUUCAGGCCCUGUUAAGCGACAUCAAUGGGAAUAAGACCUAAAUGAUAUUAAAGAUUACUUAAUUAUACAUUGAUACACCACGUUUAAACAAAAUUUUGAACCGCUUUUAAGAAGAUUGUAAAAUUGAUGAUAUAAAGUGGCACUUCCAGUAAGUCAAUUUUGACGAAAAUGUUGCUGUAAUAUCUCAGGCAUAUACAAUUUAUUAAAAAACAAAACAAAAUUGUUAAAUUUUUAUGAAGUUUAUAAAAUUGUGCUCUGUAGAGAAGUGUCUGUCUAAGAGAAAUUACACUAUAUAUUAUUUUACCUGUCCCCACAAUAAUUAAGGAAGAACGAUGCCCAUGAUUUAGAUACGUAAUAAAGCUUAAAAAUUACUAGUGAUAUUUCCAGAUUAGUUCCUAAAAGCAUAAGUAUUUUUUAAAUAAAAGUAUUUAUAAAUUAGGAAUAUGUAUUUUAUCUUUUAAUCCCCAAAUGAUUUUAUUUUAUUAUCUCCAAAUGAUAUUUGUCCUCUUGCUUCACCUAAUCAUUUUCAGUUAAUGAAUUAACUUUAAGUCUAAGUAAAUCAGAUUCGUAGAUUACAUGUUUUUUUUCCUUAUCAACAUUUGGAGCACAAGGUUAACAAUAUAUAAUUGGCUAAAUCUUAAACCUACUAUGUUAAAGUAUUCAAUUUAUCAAUUUUUUACUUUUCUUGACCACAAAAAAAUAUCUAAAGACUGAUGAAAUCCAUUUUAUUUUUUUCAUUAGUGAAUUUCCUUUUUAUGAUUUUUUAGAUCUAUAUUUAUUCAUAGUUUUGCUAUAACACUAGGUACUUCAGCUGAUUAGUUAGUAUAAAUGAAUCACCCUGAAGGACUUAUUUUUUUUUUUGACUUGGUGUUUUUCACUUGUAAAUGCUAGGGAGAAAUAUAAAUUAUGGGUCUAUGUAACUCCCACUGAUGGUAUAUUAUCUUGUUUCUCUUCAAAGAUGAUAUUUAUACAUGGCUUACUGAUUAUUUCAGAACAACGAUUAUUGCGAAAUAGCAAUGUAGAAUAUAAAAAAUAAUUUAUAUUUAUAAAUGCCUUAUUAAGUUUAUUAUGAAUUUGAAUUUUAAAAAACCUGUUAGUCUUAAUAAUAUUUAAUAAAUGAUUGUUUAGAGGUGAAGAGUUGACACUUCUUAUAUGAAACAUUGGUAUUUUAUUAUUAAUGCAUUGUUUUUCAUAUCAUUGUACUGGUCUAUUACUUUUUAUUGAUUUUUUUUCUGUUUUGUUUACGCUAUUCUUCUGAAAGUGUGAGGCAUUUAUUUAUGCCAUUAGUACUGACAUCUGAAGGCAAUAAAUUUUUUUACUAAAUCUUCCAAAAGUGGAAAAAAAAUGCACUUAUUUAAAGGCUGAUUGUUAUAUAAUUUUACUAUGAUUAUUAUACUAUAUACCUCAGCUUUGAUAAUUAUUAUUGUAUGAUAAGGUUUUAGUAAUAAUAACUUUGUUACAUAUAUCUGUAGUUGACACUUCAUUUGGUGCUAUACUUUUUAAGAUUUAAAAAAAUAUUUUUAUUAUCAUCUAAUAACUUUGUAAUAUUUUUAGAAACAAUGAUUUAAUUGUAUUUAUCAUUAACAUCUUUUUACAGCAUAAUCAGUUAAGAUUAUAAAUUACUUUACUAAAAUAGAACAUAGAUUUCUUUUAAUCUACUGUUUAAAAAUAGUAUUCUGCCUGAAAUCAUUAACAUAUUCUGUAGAAAAUUCACUUUACGAAUUAAUAAAAACUAUGUUUUUGCAGAUAGUUUGCCAUUCCUGUGAUUUUGAAUAAUCAUUAUUUUAAUCAUUUCUAUCUUUAAAAAAUGGGAAGGAAAAAAUCUGUACUACUAGAACCUGUGAAUGGUUGGAGAAAUUAUUUAAUAAGGAAAUACGGUUUGUUUUGUUUUUUUUGUUCACUAACAAUGAUUUUAUGAGCUGAUUCAUUCUUAUUUGCUUGAUUUUAUCAUAUACCCCACUUUAUUGAGGUUGGGUGUGCUCCUGGAGUGUAUCUCAGUCCCUGGUUAGAUGCAGAGUUCUUAGAAUUGAAAGUUAAAUUUGGAACCUUAAAAUUAGAAUUAAUUUCAUAUGAUGAAGAAUUCUGGUUUAAAACCUGGCUGGCAUUCUAUGCAUCUCCAUAUUGAGGCAUACCACAACUUUACCCACCCAAUUCCCUAUACUUUUUACCUCCAAUUUAACAUUUCUAUUUAAAUAUUGCCCAGAAGUCCCCAACCUUUUUCUACUUAAGAACACAUUUAUAGGUUAAUAGUUAUUUGUUUUUCUCUGGGAAGUUUUAUCUCCUUUUCACAUUUUUUUUUUUUUUAAUUUGGCCUUAAGGCAAGGUUGUGAAGAAUAAUAUAUAUGUGGAAAAAUGGUACCAACAGGUACAGGGUUGGGGAUUUUUGGAAUAGGCACUUGUUUUAAAAAAUAUGUUUUCCCUUUUUUGAAUUUUGAGAAUACAUCUACAUGAUGAAAAAGGUAUUAAUCAUUAUUAAUACAAUAAAAUUGAUAUAUGGUACUAUGAUAGUAUUUUUGCUGCCUUUAUCAAACAUCCUGAGUCUGAAAUACCCUCCAUUCCAGUAAGAGACUUUUUUUUUAAUAUGCUAAAAUUAAGAAGAAAAAAAAGUUUAAAACCUAUCGGACAGCCUUGGGUUGGGCAUCCCUGCUUUAAAUAAUUCCUAUAGCCAUCUAUAGUCACUUUGAAUGGAAUAAUUAACUGGAGUGACUGGAGUACUUGAGGUGAAGAUGAUUUACUGACCUUCACUCCACUUCAUCAUUGCUUUUUUCUUUUUUUUUUACCGACAUGAUUGUGAUGCAUGCUCCAUUUUCAAAACUAUGCUGAAAUUUUAUUAAUCUGGAAAUUCUGGGUAUUCAUUAGAAACAUUAUCUCUGAUUAUAAUGGAUAUUAUCAAAAUAAAAUUAAAAGUCAGAAGGAUGGCAUUAACUACUUUUUAAAAUUUUUAUUAUUAAUACCUAAUUGAUGAUUGCUCUCAAACUUGUUUCUAUUUAUAUGAAAAAAAAAAUGGUUAACAUCCAUUUUAUAUUUAUAGUCUACUAAUAUUUCAAUGUACCUAUUAAUAUAACUCUGAAGAAUUAAUGAGAUAUAAAUCAUGCCUCUAAAAUAGCAAAAACUUUCUAAAGAACUUAAAUUGAAUACUUCUGGGUUAUAACAUUAAAAAAAAAAUUGGAAAUAUUAAGCAUACUAUAAAUUAUAAAUAAACUCAAAAUGUUUGUUUCCUUUGGAUUAAUUAUAAAUUGUGAACAUAAUUGAUUGUAAACAAAUAAGUUAUUCAUAUUAUCUUUUUGUUACAUAUUUUAAGCAAUCCAUGUCAUAAUUUUUAACUAUACAGUAUUUGCUGACCAGCAGUUUUUAUUAUUAUUGCAUUCAGCACAGCCUAAAAAUUCCAUUGUUACAGUCAAGUAGCGUUUCACUCUCUGGGUUGGUAGAGUGAUUGGAUGUUACAGAGUGGCCUGAUAGAAUUCCAGAUGCUCCCCAUCACUCCAAAAAUCCUCAAAGAAUUUUACUCUCACCGUCAUUUCAUAUUUCAUUUGGUGUUAAGUUGUUGAAGUAGAAUGGAGUAAUUGUCAUUUUCUGCUUUUAGUUAGACUAUUUUAGACACUUAUACACCAUGAAUCUUCUCUUUUAUGUUUGAAUUUCCUGUGAGAAUUAGGAGAAAGCCCACUACUUUUUUUAAAAUCUUUUUUUCAUGUAAAAUUUUUUUAUAUGAUUAUUACUAAGAAAAUUAAUAUAAACAGAAUUUCUUAGUCCUAUAUAGUAGUUUUUUUAUUCAAAAUUAAUAAAAUUUAAUCGUAAUAAUAUCAUUUUUGAAAGGUAUACUGAAAAUGAUAUAGAUAAUUUUGAUCUGGCUUAAAGGUAUUUUUAGAGAAAAACUAUAUUCUAUUAUAAUUAUAUUUACUUUGCCAGAUAGUGUUGUAUGUAUGAAUAAAAUAGUUGUAAACUGUAUUUUAAACAUAAUUUAAUUAAAUACUUCAAUGAAUUAGGAAACUCAAUAAUUAUAUUUUUUAUUUUUUUACCUAACUAAGGUAAAUUUUAUUUGUUUUUGUAGUGUAAGAUUUAGGUAAAUUUUCAAACCUUGGUAAUUUUUAUUUCUUUGAUAGUGUAAAUUUCUGUUAACUCAAUAUAAGCAGGAGUUAAUCAUAGACAAUACAUUAAGACAUUUUUGAUGUUUCAUAAUAUAAAAUGUUAAUUUUUAAGGCUAUUCUCCAUUAAACAUUUUUUUGGUUGUUUUGCUAAGCAACCAUCAUUUUAAAGUUAUACCAAUUGGAGGAAAAAAUAUAUUUUCAUAUUUUAAGUAUUUGUAAAUUUGAAUUUUAAAAUUGUAUUGAAAAAUAUAAAAAUACAAGUGUAAUUUUCUCUUUAAAUAAUAGCUUUGGAUGGCUGUGAGCUAUAUUUAUUGAAAUCUAUGUUCACUAUUCUUGGUUAUUUGUUUUUUUACUUGGUUUCAUCUCUCAAACUUGUUUCCAUUAUUCGUAAUUUAUAUUACCUAUAACCUAAUUAAAUAUUUAGAUUGUAAUCUUGAAUAUUAACAGUAUAUUACCAAAAUUAAAACUAUAUCAUCUUGGUAUAGCUAUUUUAAUUGAUAGUAGUUAUAUUUCUAGUGAAACAGAAUGCAUGUUUAUUUAUUAUAAUUAUUUUUUAAAGAGCAUUCACUAUUUGAUAUUCUAAAUUAGAAAUUUAUCAUUUGUUCAUUAAUUACUUCAAAGACGAUUUUCAUUCAAUGUUUGAAGUAUUUCCUUCUCUCUGUACAAACUGUUUUUCAGUUUCUAUCAGAUUCUGGGUAUAUCAGUGGUGUACUUACUACCUGUUUUAAACAACAGGAUCAAGCAAAACUACAUAUCAUUCAUUAAUGUAUAGUAUUAAUAUUACUAAUAGUAUAUAGUGGUAUGCUUAGUACUCCAUCAUAAUUAGCUUUAUGUCUUCAACAUCUAUUUUAGAAAUCAGUAUUAUAGCUUUGUAUUUGUGAAUAGCUAAAUAAUUAUGAUCAUCUUAGGUAAGCAUAAAGUACAAAUAAUCAAAAGCAUUGGUGUAAUAUGCUGUGAUUUUAAUGAAUUAUUACUUAAUAUUGCUGUUUAUAUUUGCUAAUUUAUUUUCAGUAAUAAAUCAGAAUGAUUUAGAAAUAAUAAUUUAUCUUUUUAAAAUUGAUGAUCAUUUGAUUUCAUGUUAAAUUCAGAGUAUUCAAUGAAUUGUUAUAAAGCAUUGAUAUUGUUAUUUUAUAUGUUUAAGAAAUUUUAAUCCUCUCAAAAUUAAUCUAUUGAUGUCAUUUAUAUCAAGGUUGUCAAUACUUUGGUUUAAUCUUUGUCUUUCAUGGACAUGCUAUAUUAAAGUAUUCCAAGUAAUAAUUUAAUCAAAAUAAUGGAUUAUGAUAUUUAAUAUGAAUUGAUAAUUCAUGGUUAAGCAGUGUGUCUAUCAUAUCUUGUUAUAUGAUAUUUAUUCAGUUUAUUAAUACAUUUGAGAAAAGAAAGAUUGCAACAAUAUUUUUUUUAUUAUUAUUAAAUAUAAAAUUAACUGAAUGAGUUGCUUCAUUUCGCAUCUACAUCAUUAAAACACGAAAACAAAGAACAUUGUCAAUUAUUAUGACACCAAAUAUGAUAUAUUGGUGCCUUUCUCUAAAUAUAUUGGAUUUUGUAGUAUUAAAGAAUUUUAUGCAGGGUUUAUACAUACAUAAUUGCUUUUUAUUUCUGUGUUAAAAUUAAUUCAUUAUAUUAGUAUUAUUGGUGGUAUCGGUUCUGUGAUUUGAUCAUUGGAAAUCUAUUUUCUGGAGUAUCAGUAUGAUAACAGGAGAUAUCGUUCUUAUUUUUUUCCAUUUCAAGUUUAUUAAAGGAAUUUAUAUAAUAUAAAAUGUACUCUCAAAAGUGUGUUACAUUAAAAAGAUUAAAAAAUAGUAAAAAAAAAAAAUGAAUAAAUAAAAAUAAAUCAUUUCAUACAAUUAAAUAAUAAUUGAAAAGUAUGUUUUAAAUAUUUUUCUUAUUUAACAUAAAAGCAAUAAAAAAUUGUAAAAAGUAAAUCAUUUCAUACAAUUAAUUACUAAUUGAAAGGUUUAUUUAAAAAAAAAAAUUAAACUUAAAGUGGUGAUUCAUAUAAUAAUUUUUAGUUUUUUGUCCUAACAAAUAAAACUUCAAUUGCUUAGUCUUAUGAGAUACAAUGACAUAAUUAAUUUUUACAGUUCAUGUUUUUCAAAUGUAGAAAAGUAACCAAUUACUAAACUUCUACCAUGUAACAUGCAAAUAAUUAAUAAUUGAAAAUAAAAUUAAUGAAUUUAUAAGCAUAUUGUUGUUUUUCAAUGAAAAGUACUUUUAGGAAUUAUGGAGGGAAGGGUGGAGGAGAGAGAGAGAGAGAGAGAGAGAGAGAGAGAGAGAGAGAGAGAGAGAUAGAGAGAGGCUUGAAACUCUCAUUUUUUCAUUUUUUUGUAUGAGAUUAUCAUGAGAGCUAUGAUAGAAUUUAGCAAUUCAGUUGUCUAAUAGAGUACCACUAGGGGGAGGGGAAUGGCUGAGCAGGC